AUGGAGUCUGUCCUGAAGCAUGUUGACAUAUGGAAAGCAGAACAUGCAGGAUCUCAAUCUCUUUUUGUGCCACUGUUGACUGAUUGCAUCUCUAGGGAUUUACUUGCCCGUUUACCUCCAUUUGAAGGCAAGUGGGUCUAUAUGACUUUGUAUUUGAAUGACUCCUCUGAUCACCUUCUGUGUGACCUGUUGUUCAGUGUGUGCGCUCUCAAUAUCAUCUCCACCAUUGUCUGUGCUUUGGCAACAGCAAUGUGUUGCAUGCAGAUGGUUUCUUCUGAUCUUCUGCAAAUGUUUCUGCCACAGAGGCCACAUUCUACCAAUCCUGACUGCAUGACUCCACAUGGAACUAUCCUGCAUCAAACCUUGGAUUUUGAUGAGUUCAUACCGCCAAUACCACCUCCACCCUACUACCCACCAGAAUAUACCUGCACACCAGUGAUAGAGGCGCAGAGAGGUCUCCAUUUGGACUUUCCUCAUUCCCCAUUCAGUGCUUUAUAUGAAGUAACCAUUAACAGCCCGGGAAUGCUGUACCCAACUGAGCUGCCCCCUCCUUAUGAGGCAGUGAUUGGAGAGACGCCUGCCAGUCGGGUCACUGGUACUGAUCAGCAAGUACCCGAAUCAAGCGUGGGUGAGAGGAACAUGACCCUGGACUUCAGCACACAAGUUUGUGUUGAGAGCACCUCUUUGGUCUCUGAGGCUGUUGAUACCCCAGACCUUAGCUGCUCCUCUGAAGAUCUUUGUUCGCUGGAAGUUCAAGGAUCUCUCCAUUCUGCAGAUCUUUCUCCCUACUGUACAACCCCCAAAGGGGCUACGGACCAGAGCUGCAGCACUCUGGAUUACAGCACCCGCUGCAGGUUCCACAGAACUCGCUCAGAGGGUUUUCCUGAUGAGGGUGACAGUUCCCACAGCCGAGCCUCUACAGGCAGGUCUCAAGGACAAGAAAAGAACUGUGCCCACGGCAGGUCCUUGGACUGUUCCUCAGAGAAUUUCAGCCCCUCAGAAAGAGAACUGCAGAGUUCUGCUCAAGAGAGCAAUGCCACGCCGCCUUUAAAGCAAAAGAAAAUCUGCUGUGCGGUCUUUAGCCAGCCUCCUGUCCCUUCCCAGACUUCUCCCUGUUUUGGGCCCGCAAAUACUUCAUCAUAUGCAAGCGGCCACGAGAGCGCUGUCCAGCAGUAUCAAAUUACAAAAUACCGAAUUUCAAAUAUAGUCCGAUCAACUAGUGACCCUGUAUCAUGUUCGUCUUAUACAGAAGGUGGUAAUUGUGCCUGGACCUCUCUAUGUAGCCAGCAUCAAGAUGCAGGAUUAUCUCCAGCUACAUUAGAAACAGUUCCCGUUUCUGGUUCUCACAUGGCUGCCUCUGCUUGUCAGCAUUCUUGGAGCAGUUUCCUACCAACUGGAAAACAGAGGGAUACAAGGAAAAUUGAUCUACACCCAAAGCCGAAGGCUUUGCACGCAGUCUCAAAAGAGCGACCACACUCUUUAGUGGACCUUAAGGCCUAUAAAGACACAAAAAUUUUAGUGGCAAAAUUUUUGGAACAUUCAAACUGUAAUCUCCCUCCAGAAGUACGUCACGUAGUGAACAGCAUACGAUCAGUAAUAAAAUCUGAUGAGAGACACAUGGAAGAAGCCAUCUUCAGUGCCAAUAUUAUAGACCAGGUAAUUACGAGUUCCCAGCAGAAUGUGAAUAUCUCUAGAAAGCGACUUCAAGAAGAUCUUCAUCUUCAGAGCUGUGGUGCUCUGAGCUCUCCAGUUGCCUUCUUACGUAGGUCCCAUAUCACUCGCAGUUUAGAGCGGGACAGGCCUCACAGUUUAAUUGGAGUUUGCCGGGAGACCAUCCUUUGAUAAUAUUCACAGGUAUGUGAUUCCAGCAAAGAGAAUUAAGGAAGAAACCAGGACUGGGAGAAAUACAAGUAGUGGAUGACCUAAAAAGGAAAAAGUGUCUUCCUUUGGAAUUCCACUUUUUUCCAACAGCAGGAGGAGAACACCUGUUUUUCUGAAUGUAAAUUUCAGUCCUGAUUUUUGCAAAAUUUUAACUGAUUUAUUAGUAAAGUCAUAACACGUUUUCCCAACCAGAAAUGCGUUUAUUUCACUGUACUUAUAGAAGUGCUACUGAUGCUGCCUAGCAUUUCUUGAAAACCACUGCAAAACCACCAGAGACCGGCUGUACAACUUAAAAGUUGUAUUUAUUUAAUGUACCUCAAAGUGUUUUAACUAUGAUCAGUGUUUUAAUAAAAAGUAUUUCUGGACUUUGCUUUUUCAACAACUUGAUUUGGAUAGAAAUGUAAAGCUGA